AUGUGUCAAAAAUACUGUAAAUUGUGCUGUUUUCUUUCCUCCUUCUCGCCUUUCACAGUAAAUAAGUCUAAAGCGAUCCCCUUCGAACCCGGCUGCACGAAAACUAUGAUCUGUGCUCGUGUAUUUGUCUUGAUCCUUGCAAUCGUGGCCACGGCGUGUGCUGCGUGUGCAAACGUCUUUGCGGUAUUUCAAAAGGAAGUUGCUGGAGUCAAGACGAUUCAGACACUGUGGUAUUCUAAGGUGUCUGCAGGCCCUUCUGAUACCGUGUCCAAAGUGGCUGACAGUGUCUGUGCACAGUUCAAGCUGUUCUUCACUGUCUGUGAGGGCGUUACCGUGGGAGCGGCUGGUCUCGGCUUCAUCGUUGUUCUUCUUGCCAUUGUCCGGUUGUUUACGGGACCAGCACUUUGCUUCCUUAAAUGUUUAAUAUCCUUUCUGCUCUCUCUUGCGUUCGCCGCUUCUGGGGUUUGUGUGGCACUCGUUGUCUACGGAUACUUGAAGGGCUACUGUCAGGACGAUGCGAUACUCGCCCCUCUGUAUCUCCCCUUCAAGGAAUCAGGCUUCGACUUCUGGGUAUCGUUUUACCUUAUAUGUAUUGCGUGUGGCCUGUUUAUGAUUACCAACCUCUUUCAGUGCUGCGCGUAG